UGGAGGAUCUGGUCAGGAACUGGUCAGGAGCGGACGGCAGUGAAGGAAUCUCAAAACUUUUCCAACACACACUGCUGGGCUCUGUUUACUGUUUCACUUCACCUCCAGCGUGUCAGCAAAUGUGAAAAUAACGUCCACGCGUCUUUACUGUGUCUGUCGGUGCUUCACUGGAUGUAACUGGCCGCUUGGAAAAGAGAGGAAACUUGCGAGAGGGAAAACUUAUGGAGAGAUGCCCGACCGACUGCAUCCCUCCCUCCAAAGUUCAGCUAAGGUGGCUAACGUUAGCUAGCGCAGGAGCCAGUUCGCUAAGUGUGAUGUAAAAGUUUGGAAAAACUUUUUGUUUGUGUGUCAAACAAGCGGGAACACAUCAGUAGCACGUUGUAGUGAAGAGAGGAAUGUGGACGCCAAAUAGCUGUGGCGAACUCAAAGCUUUCAUCCUUGGCUUGUUAUCUUAGCCGAGCCAGGUUACAUUAUCAAGCUAAUCAUUUUUAGCCAAGUGCAGCUAGCUGACAGGCAGCUAGCAUCUGACAUGAGAGAGAGGUUAGUUAGUCAAAGUGAGAAAUGACAUGAAACACACUUCUCGUUUAUUAGUAAACGCUCAGCUCCAGCAUGAAAAAACUGCAGUACUUUAGCAUUUCAGGAACUGUUUCUAUCAUGACCUUCUGAACAGCAUCAGCACUUGUAUCUCAGAAGAUGUGAAGAGAUUAGAAAAGGUGGACUAUUGCAUGAGGCAUGAGGAACUAGUAUCGAAGCUGGAUGAACCUCCACUGACUCUGGGCAACUGUGAACCUUUGUGGGGCUUUUGGAGAAGCAAACUUGACUGAUGUAAAUUUUUAUUUGCUCCAGUCACUCAUAAGCCCUGCUUUUCUGCCAACAUUUUUUUCAUUUUUGAUCACAUCCUUACCUUUUUUUGGAGAGCAUUCUUCAAGUUGGAGCUUUCCUGCAUUGUUAUGAACGUUGUGCAUCAGGCACAUCCUGAGGGCCUGCGUCUUGGAUGAAGUGGACAGUGCUAUGAUGAAGGUGACGGUAACAUUUGGGCAGACAGGUGUGGUGGUUCCUUGCAAGGAGGGAUGGACGGUGAGGGACCUCAUCCAGCAAGCCACGCAGAGAUACAGAAAACUCCUGGAACAGGAAGGAGAUUUCUUGGUUCGUACACAUCAUGUUGAAUACUGUGAUGGAGGGAUUCUCGACCCUGAUGAUAUACUCAGCGAUCUGGUAGAAGACAAGGACAAGCUGAUGGCGGUGUAUGAGGAGCAGGAAGCCCAGCAGAGGGGCGUGGCUAACUCAAGCCUCGCCCCCAGCCCUGAGCUUUACCAAGCGGAGCUCUCUGCUUUCCAGCCAAUCGCAGGAGGGGAGAUUGAAGUCACUUCCUCAGCCCUAAAGUCCAACACACCCCUGAUGGUGAGAAGCAGCAGUGACUCAGCUCUCAGCCCCCAGCCAACAGAGACUGAAGCCUCCUUCAAUGAAGACAUCACUGUGAUGGCAGCCAGUCCUGCUGCGGAGAGGCAGGCAGGAGUGGACCGAGCCCAAGGCAAACACACCCUCAGUGGCAGCCUGACCAGAAUGGUGGAGAUCCUGGGAGAAGACAGCCCUCUGGGAAUCCACGUGGUUCCCUACUGCUCAUCACUCAGUGGACGGGCUCUUGGUCUGUAUAUCCGUGGAGUGGAGGAAGAAAGUCGCUCAAGAAAGGAGGGCCUGUUUCAAGAGGACGAGUGCAUUGUCAAAAUCAACAACACCGAGCUCAUGGACAAGACAUUCAGCCAAGCCCAGGAUGUGUUUCGUCAGGCAAUGCGUUCCCCAGUCGUGCGCUUGGAAGUCGUGCCCUCCUCCAGCAGAGAGCGCUAUGAGAAGAGUCUGAUUGGUCAGCUGUUUGGAAACAGCACCGGUCCCAACAACAGCCCCCGAGUCACCAAGACCAAAGAGCCACCUCCACCUAUCAAAGCCAAACCGGUGUUUAAGCCCUCUGAGAAUCCAGCCACACGACUGGCAGAGGAAGCUGCCAACCUUGAGCCUGCUGUCAAUACCCCCAAGGGGAAGAGUGAAAGCCCCCUUCUUAAGAAAAGCCCUGCCCUCACAAGCUUGGUAACCAAUAAGAGAGGAGGACGAAGACUGAGGAUCGACUUAAAGAAAGGCUCUGAAGGUCUUGGGUUUACUGUAGUGACCAGAGAUUCUUCAGUACAUGGUCCUGGUCCUAUUCUCGUCAAAAACAUUCUGCCACGUGGAGCUGCUGUCAAAGACGGACGCCUGCAGUCUGGAGACCGCAUACUAGAGGUAAAUGGUGUGGAUAUUACGGGCGUGGGCCAGGAGGAGCUGGUGUGUAUGCUACGCGGCACGCGACAGGGAGAGAGUGUGUGUCUUGUGGUUCUACGCCAGGAAGACAUGUUCCUGCCCAGAGAGAUGAAAGACGAGCUGUCCCGUGUGCCAGGUAGCGUUGUUUCAGAGAAUGGGAAGGAACAGCUCAUGUUUGAGGUUCCCCUCAAUGACACCGGCUCAGCGGGGCUUGGCAUCAGCCUCAAAGGGAACAAGUCCAGAGAGACAGGAGAGGAUCUUGGAAUCUUCAUCAAAUCGAUCAUACAUGGAGGAGCAGCGUACAAGGACGGUCGUCUGAAUGUCAAUGACCAGCUGGUGGCCGUAAAUGGAGAGUCGCUGCUGGGCCGCUCUAACCAUGCGGCCAUGGAGACACUCCGGCGCUCUAUGUCACAGGAGGGAAACGCAAGAGGGAUGAUCCAGCUAGUGGUGCUGAGGGUUUUGAAGGAUCAGCAUGGGGUGUCACCCAAUCGCUCCUUCGACAGCUCCUCUGGACUGAUGAGUCCAGUGAACGGUCAGACAAGAUCCCUCAGUCCGGCCACCAACUCCAUCCACCCUCCCCUGGUGACCAACACCAUCUAUGCAUCUAAUGUGACCAAUGGGAGUUACUCUCACAUGGAUGAGGAAGAAGACGGGGUGCUGUAUGGACAUGACCCUGAGUUCAGCAACUCUAUCCAACACUCCUAUCUGCAGGAAAGGGAAAACUCUCACAUUUCGUGCCCGGCUCAGCCCCAGUCUCCCGCCCAGAACCAGAACCAGCAGCAGUUCCAGCACGUGAAAGCCUCCAAGAGCAUGGACCUGGUGGCAGAUGAGAGCAACGUUGGAUCUACGGUUGGAAACACUGCAGCUCUGUCUACUCCUGUGGAACUCGGCCCGACUCUUGGCUUGAAGAAGUCCAGUUCAUUGGAGAGCCUCCAGACAGCCAUGUCGGAAGUUAACAGGAAAAACGAACUCCUCCCAUUCCACCGCCCUCGGCCGAAUAUGGUCAGGGGGAGAGGCUGCAACGAGAGCUUCCGAGCAGCUAUCGAUAAAUCCUAUGAUGGACCAGCUGAGGAUGAUGACGAUGACGGUUCAGAGCUGAGUUCAGGCCGGGACACCCCUGCCAGCAGUUCAUCCCGCCAGGGAGUUGGUGAUCAGAUAGAGGAGAAAUCCAAAAAAGACAAGAAAAAGAAAGCAAAAACAAAGAAGAAAGAAAAGAGCAAGGGGAAAGGAAAAGAGAAAGAGAAAAGAACAGAGGAGCCUGAGGAGACAGAAAAGAAGAGCAAGAAAAUAGGCUUUGGCCUGCUGAGAUUCGGAAAGAAAAAGGAGGAGAAGAAGGAAGCGAAGGCGGCUCUGCAGCGACAAAAGUCAGACAUUCUGAGUGACCAUGAAUUUGAGAGGAUGAAAGAAGAAAGAGAGAGAAUUGAGGCAGCACAUCCUGAGCUGCGAGAGCAACAGUCCAGAGACCAGCAAGGCGGUGGGCCGGCAUAUCCAGAUUUCGAGGAUGACGACGCAGAUCCCAACUAUGCUCGUAUACAGUCCUUCAGGGACCGAGAUACUGCUCCAAUCCCUCAGCCACUCGCUCAGUCACCUCCCUACAGUACCAUUCUGCACGCCCAUGGCCACACACCCUUCCCCCAGGGCCCCUCUGGCUUUCCAGGACAUGGAAAUCAUUCCAAUGAAGCUGGAGUCCUCCCUGAUGAUGACCCCCUUGACAAACUCUAUGCCAAAGUCAACAAACCAAGGGGAGCUGGACCUACAUCUCCUCCUGCUCCUGCUCCUGCUCCUGCUCCUGCUCCUGGUAAUGAGAGCAGUAUGGACAGGAUCCAGCAACUAAGAAGAGAGUACCAGCAAGCCAGAAGAGAAGGAAUGGUGCCGCCUUAUGAAGAACUGGAUCCACGACGUAGAGGCCAUGAAAAUGACCCACACAGGAUGCCAGGCAGAGGGACCGAUCAUCGGCUGUCACCACGGUAUGAAGAGGUGGAACGUCAGUAUGCCUCCUUACCAAGACGAGGUCCGCUGGAUCCAGCUGACUACCCUGUGCAACCGUGGUCAGGUCAUUACCCUGGACCUCCCCCAGCCCAGCAGGGAUACCCCCAGUCCCCAUCCUAUCCUAACCCCAGUGCCCAGUCUGGUCCUUCUUACUCCAGCUACCAACCUGGGCAGCCAUACCCACGACCAGGGGACCCUCGUGGUGUUGAUCCUGGCUACUACCCCCACCCAGGCUCCCAGCAAAGAGGGCCCUUGCGGCAGGAUGUGCCUCCAUCUCCCACCCCACCACUGCGUGGACUUCGGUACGACACUAUGACACGAGGCACUGGGGGUGGAGGUUACAGGUAGGGGCGAUUGGAGGAAGAAGACAAUUCCAGUUACAGGCACCAGCUGGAGCCCAGUACAGGCUGGUAUUAUUAUACUGGGGACGGAGAAAGACAGCAACACCAAACCAGCCCAAGACAGAAGAAUGCCAUGACUGCAGCUGUGUAGACAAACCAGGUUCAGAGAUGAAAUUAAGCAGAACUUUAACUGCUUUGCAUCAUGCAGCUCGCCUGCUUUCAGUACUCCAGUGAAAUAGACUUGUGAAGCCUCUUAAUGGUGUAAUUUGAAUUACCAUCAUUAUCCAGCACUGUCGGUGUUGUUUGAAGUGUAUGCUAAUACACAGACAAGCAAGGUAAAGAAGGUUAAUUAUAGGGUGGCCGACGUGAUGCAUAAUGUCUUGUUUUUUUGAAGUCGUUUAAAUUGCUUUGAAUCUUCCCGGAGUUUAAAAUUAGCAAGGUUUUCACUUUUCACUAUACUCUGAUUAAGUUGUCUCUUUCAAGCCUCCGUCAGAGCAACAAAGGUAAUUGGAUCCAUUUAAAUGAAGCCACUACGGGCGUACGUACAGCUCUGCAUACUCUCAUAUUGUUCCUGGUGGUUUCUCUACUGCUGCUACAACAAGCCAAAAAGUUAACUAUCUAGCAUUGUAAUUUAAAACAGCAUUCUAACAUAGUCUGUGUGGACAUUCACACGGAUAAAUAACACAUCUCGGUGUCAAUAAGUUUGUGUAAUCAAACCGUUUUUUUUUGUUUAGAUUGAAGCAGUUCAUGUGAAAAUGUGAUUGCAGCGCUUUGAGUCUCCUCUGAAUGUUAGUCGAGAUGUGCACACCAGUGGAAAAAGCUGAACUGAUCAUGUGUUCCAAAAAUGUGUAGAUAGCAGCAAAUUAGACAAAUACACUGAUCAGCCACAACAAGGAAACCACUGAAAGAUGGAGUGAAUAAAAUGGAUCAUCUCAUUACGAUGCAAUAUUCGGUUUGUAGUGUGUAGUCCUGGUAUUUAUGUGAAAGUUACUUUGACACACACCACCCACUGAGACAUUGUCGCAGACUAAGCAAACCGCAAACGUCCCGUGUCCAUGGCCCGACAGGUCAGAGCUGUUUUGGCACCAUGAUGGGGACUUACACGAUAUUAGACAGCUGGUUUAAGUGUUGUGGCUGAUUGGUGUAUUUCUAUUAGGAAUGGAUGCUGAAACAAAAAUCUGUAUAAAAUUACAAUGAGCAAUAUCAAACAGUAUAUCUAUUCACACUGAUUAUACCAACAACAGUUCUAGAAAACAUCUAGAGUUAUGAUUAUACUUACAAUAUGUUAAAUUCUGAGGUCCAUUGUGUCAAUUUACCAAACAGGGAGAACACCACUGUACCACUAACUACAGAUUUAGUUCUAAUGUCCAGUCUGUGGUAUCACAUAUUGGUUUGUCAAUGAAGUAAGGGAUCAUUUAAACUGCAAAGUAGAGCACUGUAUGAUGGCGUAUGUAUUGAGAUGCUUUUAAUAAUUCUAUGACUGCCUUUCAUUUUUAUCCAUUUAAUUACAUUUUUAAAUCUAUGUCAACAACCACUUUUAGCAGUAGGUUUACAGCACCUAUGAAUCUCCCUAUUCCCUCAUUAAUAUUAUAGUCGAAUAACAACAGCACAAAGCAGUUCAUGAAGUACUAAAUCUCAACCUGACAUCCAUUUAGAUUAGUGUCAGGGCAUAUUAGCAGUACUGGACUAUAGUUAUUUGAAAUGACCUCUACUUGAAUGUAUUAUAAAUGUGCAUGGGUGGCAUUUGGGCAGCCAUCUGUACUCAAUCCAUGCUGUAAACCUGUGUUUACUGGAUCAUUUCUACACGACUAGAGUUUUCUAACCAUUUUCUGGUUUGCUAUCAGACAUUCAGUUCACAGAUAGUCCGCUGCAGUAAAUACGGGGCAACCAACAAGCUUCUGGAAGAAGUUGCGUUAAGAUAAAGAGAGACGUUCUGUAACAACGCUGUGAUUGCUUCUCAAAUUACAGCCCACUCAAAGCAAUACUCACACCAAGCAAGAUAAUUCCAGCGCAAACAUUUUACACAAAAACAGCUUUUUAAUGCUGCUUUCCUCUUUACUGGAAAGAAUAAGCAACAGUAGUAGUUAAUUUUGUAAUGCAUAAAGCCACUACAUAGUGCUGUCUUGUACUAGUGCCUGUACUAGUUUUGUUACAUUUCCACGCUCAGUGUGCAGGAGUGUAGUCGUUUCAGCCUUACUGAUGCUGGUGGAUUUUCUUUUUUGGGCAGGUGUUUAACGGAGCAGAGAUAGAGGUCGUUUCCACGCUGUGUUACUUAUGCCAGGUGCUGUAGUUUGGAUGUGAAGGACUCUGUGACCCCGUGGUGUAGGCAUCACUGAGUGCUGAAGUCCUGCUCAAACAUGAAGUGAGCUCCGGAGUGCAGUGAGUGUGUUCAGUGCUGCACCACAGUGGAGAUCCAUUUAUCCACUUACCAAAGCAUCAGUUAAGUGUGACUAAGAGUUAGAGUGUAGCGCAACAUUUCUGUGUUUCACUCCACAAAGCUGAGCAGUAUUAAUUUCAAUGGAGAUUAAAUGUUUAAAAUGACAUUUCAGGAUUAGGUGGAUCGCAUUUCUGUUAAUAUGACCGAUGGUGAAAUUCCACUAAAGUGAAUGUUGAGAGUAAUUCGACUGAAACUCGUGCGAAAGAAUGUAAAAUUGAUUUUGUUUUGAAAGCUUUUUGUUUGUUUUCUUGGGCACAACUGGAUUUUUUUGGAGUGGAAAGGAAGAAAGGAAGCGGAAAGGUUGGCAGGAUGGAAAGAAAAAAAGAACGGAUGGGAUGUAAGAAUUUAUGCAAAGGGGAGAAAUGAAUAGAAGUGAGUGAUAGGUAGAGAAGCAAAGCAGAAAGAGAGAAAGAAAGAAAAGAUAUUUAUGGAAAGAGUCGGAAAAAAUGGUACAAACGUAAAUGCAGUGCAAGAAUCCCAAACCUUUUGUGGUUCGCAGUGGGAUUAUCACAGAAGAACGGAGCAGAAGAUAGAAUGAAAGUUCAUCAAGAUUUGUGCAGCGUUUGUUCUGCAGUGGGAGGAGGGUUACAGGGGUCGGCUUGUGUUGGCUGAAUGUAGUGAAUUUUGGGAAUUAUUCACAAAUGUUUGCUGUUUUUUUUGUUGUAUUCUAUCAUCACUUUUCAGCUCCAGUGUGGAAAUCAAACUUUCAAAUCAAUGUUAAUAUAUUACUGAAAGUAGGAUAAUAAAGCAUAUUUUUAGGAGCUUGACCUGAUGUCAAGUAAAGAGAAGCAACACCGAAAUAAUUCCAUCCCUUUAGAUCAUUCACUCCUUUGCUCAGUGCUGAUAUUACAGCAGAUAAUAGACUAGAAAUAAACAGCUCAAUAGUACAAUGUGUGAUACUAUACAAGGGUUGAUCAAAAUGUUAAGAGGCUCGCUAUAACAAUCAAAAACUGUACCUGAUUUCAGUUUUGUGGGCAUUCCUGUUACAGUAGUUUCCUCGUCCACGCUCCUGCUUCCUGACCUUGUCCAGUUUUGGAAACUGUGGGCUCUUUCACUGUGAAAACUGCUGUUUCUGCUCUUGAUGGUAGUCGCAGACCCACCUCUGAUCAAAGUGAUGAUCCUCAACAUGAAUUCUGAUCGUCUCCAUGGAAUUUGAUGGUCUUUUUCUUAGCUCCAGAUUGAGGUCCACGAGUGAUGCACUCAGUGCACAAUGAAUAGUCUUGGAACUUUUUGAUCAACCCUUAUUAUUUACCUUACAUUUUUUUCAAAUGUUACAAAAUAAGCUCUCGCAGCAGGUCAAAUGCUAACAGUGAAGUUGGUUGGGAAAUGGAAGUAAACAGUCUAAGUGUCACAGUUAUGAAGUACUAAAAUGGAUAUGCAAUAUGUCAACAAAAAGUCUUGCUGUUUUAAACUUACAGGGCCUUCUCCUGUUUGACUAAUAACUGACAUGACAUUACAACUAAUAAUUUAUGCUGCUGAGUUAAAAUGUGAGAAUCUGUAGCUGAUUCACUAUGACUUAAAGAAUUAAGAGUUUUCUUCAUGACAAAAAGGUCAUUUUCACUAUUUGAAUAAUCAUAUUCACCUGUGCAUUCCAAUAUGCUAAAGCCUGAGCAUGGAGUACCAGAAGAAAUGAUCCUCUGGGGUCACGUGAAUGAUUUUGGUGUUGUCGGUUUGAAGCUGCGCCGCACUCCCUUGAGACAGAAUGAGCAGGAAUCAAAGAUGGAAGUUCUCGUCAGCUGUGUGUGUCUGAAUGCUGGGUCCGUGCGUGGCGAAGCUUUUUGAGCUACAGUAUAUUGCGAUGUGAGAUGGUGUAUUUCUGUUACUCCUCUGAUGCUAGUACACAGUUCACACAUAUGUAACUCUUCACAAGCAUUUAUUUUUUUAUGUUUUUUAAUAAUAGUCGAUGUUGUUGGUUGUGACAACAAAGGCCGUAGAUUGUUUGACUAGCAUUACCAAGCUACGAAUGAGGUACACUGCAUAGUUUUGGAUCACUUUUUUAUCCCCAAAUUCGAUUCAUGUCGUUUUUUUUAUAUGCAAUUUACAUUGAAGUAACAGCCCAUACAAGCAAAUUUCAACUUGCUUUCUCGAAAAUUGGGAAGAAAAUGUGCAGAAAUAGGCGCAGUGACACUUUAUGUACCUUGGCAAACAUGUCAAACACCCUGUAUGGCUCUUUGGUUUUUAGCAGUUGCACAAAUUGAAGGUACUCUCUAGAAUCUUCUAUAUGAAGGGUUCUGGUACUCUUGGAUCUCCUUUUACAGAGAUCUGCGAAUGAAGGAACCAGCUAAAUAACCUGUCUUAGAAAUAUAACAGUUUUUUUAUUACACUGCUUGCAUCUAAAAUUUGAAAUCUCCUUUUAUAAUGUUGUAACAAUUCUAUUGUUGUCUUCCAACAUUUUAUAUUUAUGUAUAUAACAUCUCUUUUUUGCAUUAAAAUAUUCAUUCCAAGA